AUGGUCCCACCCACAGCAGUGCCAACAGCACCUCCCUCAGUCAAAACUACUGCACCAGAUCAUGUCAGCUUGCCUCCACCCCCAUUACCUGCUAACCAGCGGAUUGUUGCUCAACUUUCUGCCCCGUUUCCAUCUGGCUUGUCUAAUGUGGGAUUGACCAUGGACAUUCCUACUAUUUCAGCAAACCCACCACAACCAACACAAGCAAAAGGCUACCCUAUGCAUCAGAUGCCUUCAUCAGCUCCUCAGCCAUCUCAACAUCCAAAUAUGGCCCUGCCUCAUGCUCCUCCACAGUAUUCCAAUCUUCCAUCACAUAUACCUAUAGUUCAUAGUCAGCCACAGCAACCUUUGCAAAGUCCUGCAAUAUAUAAUCAACAGUUGCAACCACCUUUGCCCCAAAUGUCUAGGCCACUAUCUAUGCAGUCCUUUGCUCAUCAGAUGCAUCCACAAGUACCAAAUUCAUUUGGGUUGACUCAUGCAAAUGCUCCGCAGCACAUGUUACAACAACCGAUGUUUCAUCCAGGUGCGAAUCCUCAAACUAAUUUCCUUCCUGGCCAACCAUCAUUGCCUAGCCAGCCACCACCACAGCAGCUGUAUCAGGCUAGUUCACACUACAAUACACAAAGUACGACCCCAAUGGGAGUUCAUAGGUCAGCUCCCUGGGGACGGGCCCCAGAAGCUCCCAUUUCUGGCUCUCAUUUCCCUGGACAAUUACCUGGGUUGCCCGGACAAAUGGCCCAAGGAAUUGGUGGUAUCCAGGCAGGCCAAGCACCUCUGACACCUGAGAUGGAAAAGAUGCUAGUCCAGCAAGUCCUGGGCAUGUCCGCUGAGCAGAUUAACAUGCUGCCUCCGGAACAACGGCAAUGA